AAUGUUUAGUUCCGGCCGCGGGGGUUGGAUGUGUGUGUGUUUCUCUUUAUGUGUGUAUGUAGUUCCAGACUUGUUCAGUGUAUGUAUGUGUGUGUGUGUGUGUGAGUGUGUGUGAAACAUGCUUCCGAUCAGACUUGGAGUUUUAUUCUGCGUUACUCUGCUCAUCACUGAUACCCUCUCUCUAGCCGCUCGGAGUUUCACAAUAGAUUAUAAAAACAACAGCUUUCUAAAGGAUGGAGAGCCGUUCCGCUACAUCUCGGGCAGUGUGCACUACAGCAGGAUCCCCAGGGUCUACUGGAAAGACCGGCUGUGGAAGAUGUACAUGGCUGGACUCAACGCCGUGCAGACGUACGUCCCCUGGAACUUCCACGAGCCCCAGCCCGGUGUGUACGACUUCAGCGGAGACGCGGAUCUGGAAUCGUUCCUCCGGCUGUGUCAGGACAUCGGGCUGCUCGUCAUCCUGAGACCUGGACCCUACAUCUGCGCCGAGUGGGACAUGGGCGGUCUGCCUGCCUGGCUGCUGAAGAAGAAAGACAUCGUCCUCCGCUCAUCAGAUCCAGAUUAUUUAUCAGCGGUGGAUAAAUGGAUGUUGAAGUUAUUGCCCAUGGUGAAGCCGUACCUUUAUCAGAACGGAGGACCGAUUAUUACCGUACAGGUGGAGAACGAGUACGGGAGUUACUUUGCGUGUGACUUUGAUUACUUGCGCCACCUGCUGUCUCUGUUCCGCUCUCAGCUGGGGGACGAGGUGGUUCUGUUCAGCACGGACGGAGACGGAGACGGGUAUCUGAAGUGUGGAGCGCUGCAGGGGGUGUACGCCACCGUCGACUUCGGGCCCGGAGGAAACAUGACCGCAGCGUUUGAAGCUCAGAGACGCGCUGAACCUCGCGGUCCACUGGUGAACUCUGAGUUCUACACCGGCUGGUUGGAUCACUGGGGGGAGCCGCACUCUGUGGUUUCGACUGAAGUCGUGGUCAAGUCCCUCGACGAGAUCCUGAAGCUCGAAGCUAACGUCAACCUGUACUUGUUUAUUGGAGGAACUAAUUUUGCGUACUGGAACGGUGCGAACACGCCGUACGCUCCUCAGCCCACCAGUUACGACUACGACGCGCCGCUAAGCGAAGCUGGAGACCUGACGCAGAAAUACUUCGCCAUCAGAGACGUCAUUAGGAAGUAUAAGGAGGUGCCUCAUGGAGUUCUGCCACCGUCCACGCCGAAGUUUGCGUACGGAGCCGUGGAGAUGAAGAAAUUGAGGACUGUAACAGAUUCCCUGGACAUCCUCUCGUUCUCUGGUCCUGUGAAGACUCAGUACCCCGUCACGUUUACUGACCUCGGGCAGCACUUUGGCUUCAUGCUGUAUCAGACGUCUCUCCCUGUGGACUGCGUGUCUCCGACUCCUCUCUCGUCUCCUCUGAAUGGAGUGCAUGACCGAGCGUACGUCUCUGUGGACGGAGUGGCCGUAGGGAUCCUGGAGAGAGACAAGGUGAUCAGCAUUAAUGUAACUGGGAAGGCUGGGAGCAGACUGGACCUGCUGGUGGAGAACAUGGGCGGAGUCAACUACGGGAAAUACAUCAACGACUUCAAGGGUCUGGUGUCGAAUCUCACACUGGGCGCAGACACACUCCUGAACUGGACAGUGUUUAGUCUCAGUAUAGACGAGGCGGUGAGGGAGGGGCUACUGUGGGACGCGGGCUCGCAACAGGACACCCACUCCACCCACUCCACAGCCCCACCCGCCUCGCUGUCUCCGCCUACAUUCUACGCAGGAACGCUAGAGAUCCCUGGGGGCAUUCCGGACCUGCCGCAGGACACCUACAUCCACUUCUCCAACUGGACCAAGGGUCAGGUGUGGGUGAACGGGGUGAACCUGGGUCGGUACUGGCCGUCCCGCGGUCCUCAGGUCACGCUGUUCGUGCCCGCGUCUCUCCUCAGCACCACCGCGCCCAACAACAUCACACUGCUGGAGCUGGAGCAGAGUCACUGCACCCCCGAUCAGUGUGUGGUGGAGUUCACACACACACCCGUCAUCAACGCCACCGUCACACACACCAAACCAUACAACAGGGCGACGGCGCUGAACCUGCACUGAACACACACACACACAUACACACACACACACACACACACACACACACGCACACGCACACACAGGGACAUCAGUGAAACCCUGCUUUAUCACACUCUCACACACAGUCAUAAAUAAUGAGAUCAUGAUGCUGUAAUGUCCUGUUGUUUAUAUUUGUGUGUGUGUGUGUGUGUGUGUGUGUGUGUGUUAACACUCCUGUGAUGGAGUCACUCUGGGAUUUGUAAUGAAACUUUUUGCACAUUUCUUAUUGCUGGAAUAUAAAUGUGAAUCAUGAGUGUUUUUUAAUCUGAAACUCUUUGAUCUUUUGAUUCUUUUUUCCCUCUGGUGUUAAUAAACUUCUUUUAAUCUUCAAAUAAAAAUGUUUUAUUGCUUUGAA